CGUGACGAGACUUAUAUGCAUGCUGCAUGCAAGCCGCAAUCAUCCAUGGUUCAAUACUCUUAUAUAGAAGCUAUAUUACAGAGUAGAAGCUGCAAGAAGAAACCCGGAGCCAUGGAAUCCAAGGAAGAAGCAUACCUAAGCGGAGUGCAUUAAAACGUAUAUUUGCGUUUAUAAGAUAUAUUUGCGUUUAUAAGGUAUAAGAAAACUCUCUUAUAUCGAGGAGGGGUGAAUAAUAACGAAGGAUUUUUUUUUUCAGACUCGUCAUAUUUCUAAUUAUAAUAAAAAGUAAAACAGAUCUGAUCCUAUCUGCUCACCGAUCUUAACACAUUCCCCAAACUAUCCCCAGACGCCACUACCACACCAUUAUGUACGAUGGCGAGCCAUGGAGUUCCGAAGACGACCGAGGUAGUUCGAGGCGCACCCGUGAAUAUUGUUCUAAAAGCCGAUCAGCGCACGGGCCGCCAAGUAAGCGGAACUGUUCGUGAUGUUCUGACACGAGGUGACCACCAUCGCGGUAUCAAAGUUCGACUUACUGAUGGUCGUAUCGGGCGGGUCCAGAGUAUGGGCACUACUACUUCAUCAGCAUCAAUAUCAAAUGCUAUCUCCGAUGAUGAUGUAACAUCAGGAAGUACGUCAAUUAUAGGUGGACCAGUCGAUUUGGUGGAGGGGACUACUUCACAGCCACGUGCGCAUCGCCCGCGUUAUCGGGACGCGAGGCUAGAAGAGCCGCUUGAUGUUCCACCUGAUCAGGCUGACUUAGGUGCAUAUAUUGUACCUUCAAGACGCAAGGGCAAAAACAAAAAUGGUUCCAAGCAGACUGACCAGCCAGAUGGGUCGGCCCGGGGUGACCAGUCCUUAAGGAGUAACGUGGUGGCAAAUUCUACUACGGAUGUAACAUCGACCACGGUGACAUGCCCAGUCUGUGGCGCAUUCGAAGGAGACGAGACGGCUGUGGCUCACCACGUGUCGGAACACUUUGAAUAAAAUGAAUCCGCUGGCGGGCUUCUAGACAAAAUUUGGUGUUGGUUAACUCGAUGGCUAUACCAAGCCGAAUACCGAUCAAAGAAGGGUUUGCUCUCAUGGCCCCUUGGCCCGGUCUGCUCUUCUGCAAUCGGUAUUCUACUCGACUACUAGCUUCCAGCAUGGCCAUAAGCAUCUAGCCAGCAAUGACGGAAG